AUGACUGUAUCGCCGCAAAGCGGGAUAUCUUUUCCGAAUGGGAUGGAGACUCGAUUGUACAUUAACAACGAGUUUGUCCCUUCUAGAAGUGGUCAGAAGUUUGACGUGAUAAACCCAGCUACAGAAGAAGUUACAGCUUCAGUUUUUGAGGCAGAUGGUGCAGAUGUUGAUGCCGCGGUGCAGGCCGCAAAGGCUGCAUUUCCAUCAUGGUCGGCCCUUGGUGGGUUUCAGCGCGCCUCCUACUUCUACAAGUUGGCCAAUCUGGUCGAAAGCUGCAACUUUGACCUUGCCAAGCUGGAGGCUGUGAGCAUGGGUAAGCCCGUGGGCAAGUACACCGAGGGAACGAAUAUGGCCCGUUUCAUCCGAUAUGUGGCUGGAAAAGCAGCCGACGUCAAGGGAGAAUCAUCACUUCAGACAGCCGGGUUCGUCAAUCUCACCUUUCGGCAACCCUACGGAGUGUGCGCGGCCAUCAUCCCAUGGAAUGCACCCGUGACAGAGUUCUUUUUCAAGGUUACGCCUGCAGUGCUAGCAGGAAACACGAUCGUUCUCAAGUCAUCGGAGAAAGCGCCUCUCACAAGUCUCCUGCUGGCAAGAUUAUGCCAGGAAGCCCAGAUCCCAGCUGGUGUGAUUAACGUGCUGAGUGGCAUGGGCCCAACCUGUGGGGCUGCUAUGGCCUCACACAUGGAUAUUCGAAAGAUAUCCUUCACAGGGUCUGCCAGAACUGGAAGAGCGAUCAAGCAAGCUGCACUCGAGUCCAAUCUAAAACAUGUCGCUCUCGAGCUGGGGGGCAAGAACCCAUUGAUUAUCUUCGACGAUGCAGACCUUAGCAAGGCCGCCAACGCUGCAGCCUCCUCGAUUCUCUACAACUCUGGUCAGGUCUGUAUCGCCAGUACCAGAGUAUACGUGCAUGCCUCCAUCCUCGAGCGGUUUUGCGAUCUGUUCACCUCGUCCUUGGUAAAGCAAGCGGCCAACCCCAUCAAAGGGAAUGACCCGUUAUCGCCCUUCACGGUCCGAGGUCCACAAGCAGACAAAGCUCAGUUCACAAGUAUCAUGAAAUAUAUCACCGAUUCACGGAAGGCAGGAUAUAAGAUUCUGACUGGCGGAGACCGCGAAGGCGAACGAGGGUUCUACAUUCAACCAACCAUCAUUUUGAACCCUGAAGAAAGCAGCGCCGUCAUGCGAGAAGAGAUCUUCGGACCGGUAGUAUGUGUGCGUAGUUUUCAGACGGAAGAAGAGGUGAUUAGUCUUGCUAACGAGACCGAAUACGGCCUUUACGCGAGCACCUUUACACGUGACCUAUCCCGGGCCAUGCGUAUGGCGCGCUCAUUGGAAGCCGGCAUCGUUGGUUUGAACUGUACCAGUCCCAUGAUGACGCUGGACAUGCCAUUUGGAGGUGUGAAGCAGAGCGGUGAUGGCAGAGAGAACGGCCAGCACGCUCUGGACGAUUGGACGGAGCUGAAGACGGUGUACAUCGGGUUGUAG